AUGAUGCGCGGCUUCACGACCUUUGCCUUUGCGCUGCUGGCAGCAUCAGCACGGGCAUCUGAUGACGAACCAUCACAUACUACACCAGCGCCUGCGUGUACGGCCACCUCUACCACCGGCAGUGGCGCGUACUUUGACUUGCGACCAGACAUUGCGUGGCCCGAAGACGAUGAAAAGGCACACAGAUAUGCCCAACACAAGGAUUACCACGCGCGAGGCUACGAUUAUGGAAAGAACUUCACCAUCAACAUUUGCAACUCCGUGGUGGACCCUCUGACGGACGUGGUCGGCCUCGAGGAGAGCCAGUGGCAGAAUGUCAGCGCAUACUACAUGUCGCAUGGGGAUAUCUACUCGAUAGGCUCCGAAUCGAAAGGUCUCCGGACGCGAGGGCGAAAGCUCCUGCUCCAGUACACUGGCGGCUCGCCCUGUGGCGGCAAUGAUGAGGAUGACGACGACGCUCGCAGAAACGUCGCUCGUUUCGACUCCGACUCGGUCAUGUACCACGAAGGGCAACACGGACCCAUGGAACACAUCCACGAGGCCGGCAAGGUCGAGGCCAAGUCAGGAGGCGGCAAUGUCCGCCGGAAGUCGACCACCAUCUCGUUCCUGUGCGACCGCGACCCCGGCACCGUCCAAACGACCAUUUCCUUUGUCGGCACCGAUCCCGACGAAUGCGCCUAUUUCUUCGAGGCAAGGUCGCAACACGCUUGCGCUUCGGCGGAGCCGCACAAGCCGGGCAGCGUCGGGCCGGGCAGCGUGUUUGGCGUCGUCUUGCUCAUCGCUGUCCUCGUCUACUUCCUGGGCGGCAUCUUCUUCAACCGCACCGUGAACCACGCGCGCGGCUGGCGCCAGCUCCCCAACUACAGUCUGUGGGCUGGCAUCUGGAGCUUCCUUUGCGACAUGGUCGUCAUCGCCAUCGCGUCCUGUGCGCGCUUCUUCCCCGGGCGGAGGGGGUACAGUUCGUUGCGAUCGGGCCCCAGCACGCGAGACAGCGAGCAGGAGGCGCAGAGGAAUGCGCUGAUUGAUCAGCUGGACGAGGAGUGGGACGACUAG